AUGACCGACGCAUUGUUCGGACUCUCCAGUGAGUCACGCACAAUCCUUGAUCGAUACCUGCAGUGGACUCGUCUGGCAUGUGACGGACUGAAGCGCGGCGUCCAUUUAGAUGCUUUCAACCACCAGGUGGGAAACAUAAUUCAGGAGACGUACACAAGGGAUGAACUCAAGGACAUAAUUAGCGCCCAUACCGAGGUGUUGCUUCACUCGCUGGAUGCCCGCAUGGAGGGGUUUGGGGCUGCCUCAGCAGAGCUGCUGUGCGCGGUCCUCCGGGACGCUGAUCGUCAACGAGUGACGAUUGGAGUGGAUGCCAACGCAGUGCUCAGUGCUGCUACUGCCACGGCUUCCGCGGCUAUGGUGGGGACGACGGCUACCGGUCUGCUGCUGGAUCAUGAAAGGAAAGUCCUGGGUGGACCGCGUGGUCGUCUUGCGCCAUUGACGGUUGCCGACGCUGAUGUUGAGGCCAGUCGGCAGCUCACUGAGGCAAAGGAAGAGAUACGCCGCCUUCAGGAGAAGGUGCACCACCUCUCAGACGCAUACGCUCAGGUGAUGAACACGCGGGAUGCCCUCAACUCACAUGAGGCAGAAGUGACAGCAUCUCAGAUGGCGGUGCACCAAAAAGAGCAGGACGAGGGUUCUUGCCAAACAGUUGAGGAACUACGCGUCGCGUUGGCAGCGGCGAAACAGGAAUUGAACGCGCGACUAAAUCAGUCCACGCAAUAUCGGGAGGUGAAGAAGAUCUUGGCGCAGAAGAACGAACAGAUUAGGAAGCUGCGGGCUCACCUCGCGCAGUUCGAUCCUGCGUUCCUGCAGAAUGAUGAUGGCGGUGGCGACACAAUAGUUGAGCAGGAUGAUUAA